GCCGCAGACUGCAGAGGAGCGGACUGAUCUGGGAGGUUGGAGCGCGGCGGCAGGGACAAAAAACAAGAUUUGCACUGGAACCAACUUCUCUCCCUCUGGUUGUGAAAUAAACUUUGCAGAAGGAGCACCUGUAACCUCAUUCUGCAAAAGCCGAGUGGCUCAUAUUUAACAGUAAUGUCCGGCAGCACUAUAGCCAGGGUGCUGGUUGCGCUCUGCAUCGGGAGCGCGGUGAACUGUAUGCCCAAAUCCGCGCACAGGAGUCGGCGACAGGGUCAGCAGCAUCAGGUCCCCUCAGCCUCUCAGGAUGGUUGUAUAGAGAAUGGUCAGUUCUAUGCUAUAAAUGACCAAUGGGAACGGCCGUAUUUAGGCAGCACUCUGAUCUGUACCUGCCAUGGAGUCGCUGGCAUCAAGUGUAAAAGCAAACCAGAAGCAGAGGAAAAGUGCUUUGAUAAGAUCAACCAGCUGUCCUACACUGUGGGAGAAACCUAUGAAAGACCAAAGGAAGGCAUGAUCUGGGACUGUACCUGUAUCGGAUCAGGGAGGGGCAAGAUCAGCUGCACCAUCGCCAACCGCUGUCAUGAGGGUGGGGCUUCAUAUAAGAUCGGAGACACCUGGAAGAGACCCCACGAAACAGGAGGCUACGUGUUGGAGUGUGUGUGUCUGGGUAAUGGGAAGGGAGAGUGGACCUGCAAACCUGUGGCGGAGCGUUGUUAUGACAACUCGGCGGGAACCUCCUAUGUUGUCGGGGAGACUUGGGAGAAGCCAUACCAGGGAUGGAUGGUGGUGGACUGCACCUGUAUGGGAGAGGGAAGUGGACGCAUCACAUGCACCUCCAGAAAUCGCUGUAACGACCAGGAUACUGUGACCUCUUACCGUAUUGGGGAUACCUGGACAAAGACAGACGCCCGAGGCCACUCACUCCAGUGUCUGUGCACUGGGAACGGACGAGGGGAGUGGAAGUGUGAGCGACAUGCUUCACUUCACACCACUGGCCUGGGUACUGGCUCUCGUGUGAUCACUAACAUCCAGCCUGCGGUCUACCAGCCUGCCAGUGUGUCUGAGGUUCCCCAGGAAGGACCCUGUCGAACGGAUGCAGGACUUUCUUACUUCAUUGGCCAACGCUGGAUGAAGAACCAGGGAGCCAAGCAGUUGAUCUGUACCUGUCUUGGGAAUGGAAUCAGCUGUGUGCAGUGGGAUGGACCUUCUCCAGUGUAUGGUGGCAACUCCGGAGGUCAGCCCUGUGUGUUUCCCUUUGUCUACAAGGGCAAGACCUACCACUCCUGUAUCUCUGAUGGGCGCAGUGAUGGACAGCUCUGGUGUUCCACCUCCUCUGACUAUGAGACAGAACAGAAAUAUUCUUUCUGUACUGAGAAAAAUGUAAUGGUGGUGACACGAGGCGGUAAUUCAAAUGGUGCUCUGUGCCAGUUCCCCUACCUCUAUAAUGGAAGAAACUACACGGACUGUACUGCUGAUGGACGUAGAGACGGCAUGAAGUGGUGUGGCACAACGACAGACUAUGAUGCAGAACAUCGCUUUGGCUUCUGUCCUAUGGCUGCCCAUGAAGAAGUGUGUACGACCAAUGAAGGGGUGAUGUACCGUGUGGGAGACCAGUGGGACAAACGGCACGAAGUUCUGGGUCACAUGAUGCGUUGUACAUGCGUCGGCAAUGGCAGAGGAGAAUGGAGUUGUGUUGCUUACUCCCAGCUUAAAGACCAGUGUGUUGUAGAUAGUCUGACCUAUGAGGUGAACCAAACCUUCACCAAACAACACGAGGAGGGCUACACCAUGAACUGCACCUGCUUUGGACAGGGACGUGGGCGCUGGAAGUGUGAUGCCAUCGAUCAGUGCCAGGAACCGGAGACGAGAGCCUUCUAUAAGAUCGGAGAGUCUUGGGAUAAAGUCAUCCAAGGAGUCCUGUACAAGUGCUACUGCUAUGGCAACGGCAUCGGAGAGCUCAGCUGCGAGCCCCAGCAGUCCUACCCAGGUGGUACCCGUCCUGUCCAGGUGAUCAUAACUGAGUCUGGCAACCAACCCAACUCCCACCCUAUUCAGUGGAACGCCCCACAGUCUGCCCACAUCACCCAGUACAUCCUCAAAUGGAAAGUGAAAAACACUAAUAACCCAUGGAGAGAGGUGCUGAUCCCCGGCCACCUGAACUCCUACACCAUCUCAGGGCUGAAGUCGGGCAUCACCUACGAGGGUCAACUGAUCAGUGUGCUGCGGUUUGGACGCAGAGAAAUCACCCGCUUUGACUUCACCACCAAUUAUGGAUCAUUGGCGACAUCAGAAGGCGAGACCGACCUGCUUCCGGCUGAGAUUGACACCUCAGAGUCGGUGACUGAAAUUACCUCCAGCAGCUUUGUCAUCUCCUGGGUUUCCGCCUCCGACACGGUGUCUGGUUUUAGAGUGGAGUAUGAGCUCAGUGAGGAGGGACGGGCGACUGGGGAACCCCUGGUGCUAGACCUGCCCCACACAGCUACCUCAGUGAACAUUAAUGAGCUUCUGCCUGGGAGGAGGUACACUGUUAACGUCUAUGAGGUUACAGGAACCGGAGAUGACAACCUCAUUCUCUCUACUACACAAACCACAGCACCUGAUGCUCCUGUUGAUCAUGAAGUGGAUGCGGUGGGAGAAACUUCCAUCAAGAUCAGCUGAAAACCAGUGGCUCCAAUCACUGGCUAUCGUGUGGUCUACACGCCUUCACUAGAAGGUGAAAGCACUGAACUGACUCUCCCUGACACGGCAACAUCUGUGACACUGAGUGACCUCCGACCCGGAAAGCUGUACAACAUCAGUAUCUACGCUGUUGAAGACAGCCUGGAGAGCAAGCCUAUCUUUGUACAGGUCAACACCGCUGGAAAUCCACUGCCUGAGGUUCCUUCUCCUACAGACCUGCAGUUCUUCGAGGUGACGGACAACAAAAUAGUUCUGACCUGGACCGGCCCAACCGGCUCCAUCUCUGGUUACCGGGUUACCGCUCUCCCUGUGGAGGAGGGACACGAUUCGAUUUCGAUGCUGAUAACUCUUCCUGUAACACAAAACGCCCACAUAGAAGUUACUAACCUAGUUCCAGGAAAACUGCACCGCUUCAGUGUCUACACCCUUCAAGGCAGAGAGGAGAGUCUACCACUUAUUGGGGAGCAAACCACUAAGCCUGACGCUCCGUACAGGAUCCGUUUCAUCAACGUGACAAAGGACAGUGCUGUGAUGAUGUGGUCCGCCCCUUAUGCUAAAAUCACCGGCUACCGUCUCUUCCUCACUGUGGAGGGCUCCAACCCCAAGCAGCUGCGCCUGCCCGCCCGUCUCUCUCAGUACACCCUCCUGAGCCUGAGGCCUGCUACCCAGUACACUGCUACGCUACAUUCAGAGCAGGAGAACACGCUGAGUAGAGGAGAGAGCGCUGUGUUUACCACAAAACUGCCUGGUACGAAGUACACUGGGAACGACUUUGAGGCUACAGAUAAAGCACCUGAUGCUCCUGUUGAUUAUGAAGUGGGUGUGGUAGGAGAAACGUCCAUCAAGAUCAGCUGGCAAAAACCAGUGGCUCCAAUCACUGGCUAUCGUGUGGUCUACACGCCUUCACUAGAAGGUGAAAGGUCGGAGGUGACUCUCCCUGACACUGCAACAUCUGUGACACUGAGUGACCUCCUACCUGGGAAGCUGUACAACAUCAGUAUCUACUCUGUGGAGGACAGCCUGGAGAGCAAGCCUCUCUUUGUACAGGUCAACACCGCUGGAAAUCCACUGCCUGAGCCUGACGCUCCGAGAUAUAUCCGUUUCACCGAGGUGACUGAGGACAGUGCUGUGAUGAUGUGGUCCGCCCCUCAUGCUAAAAUCACCGGCUACCGUCUCUUCCUCACUGUGGAGGGCUCGAACCCCAAGCAGCUGCGCCUGCCCGCCCGUCUCUCUCAGUACACCCUCCUGAGCCUGAGGCCUGCUACCCAGUACACUGCUACGCUACAUUCAGAGCAGGAGAACACGCUGAGUAGAGGAGAGAGCGCUGUGUUUACCACCAAACUGCCUGGUACGAAGUACACUGGGAACGACUUUGAGGUUACAGAUAAAGCACCUGAUGCUCCUGCUGAUUAUGAAGUGGGUACGGUGGGAGAAACUUCAAUCAUGAUCAGCUGGGAAAAACCAGUGGCUCCAAUCACUGGCUAUCGUGUGGUCUACACGCCUUCACUAGAAGGUGAAAGCUCAGAGGUGACUCUCCCUGACACGGCAACAUCUGUGACGCUGAGUGACCUCCUACCUGGGAAGCUGUACAACAUCAGUAUCUACUCUGUGGAGGACAGCCUGGAGAGCAAGCCUCUCUUUGUACAGGUCAACACCGCUGGAAAUCCACUGCCUGAGCCUGACGCUCCGAGAUAUAUCCGUUUCACCGAGGUGACUGAGGACAGUGCUGUGAUGAUGUGGUCCGCCCCUCAUGCUAAAAUCACCGGCUACCGUCUCUUCCUCACUGUGGAGGGCUCCAACCCCAAGAAGCUGCGCCUGCCCGCCCGUCUCUCUCAGUACACCCUCCUGAGCCUGAGGCCUGCUACCCAGUACACUGCUACGCUACAUUCAGAGCAGGAGAACACACUGAGUAGAGGAGAGAGCGCUGUGUUUACCACCAAACUGCCUGGUACGAAGUACACUGGGAACGACUUUGAGGCUACAGAUAAAGCACCUGAUGCUCCUGCUGAUUAUGAAGUGGGUACGGUGGGAGAAACUUCCAUCAUGAUCAGCUGGGAAAAACCAGUGGCUCCAAUCACUGGCUAUCGUGUGGUCUACACGCCUUCACUAGAAGGUGAAAGGUCGGUGGUCACUCUCCCUGACUCUGCAACAUCUGUGACACUGAGUGACCUCCUACCUGGGAAGAUGUACAACAUCAGUAUCUACUCUGUGGAGGACAGCCUGGAGAGCAAGCCUCUCUUUGUACAGGUCAACACCGCUGGAAAUCCACUGCCUGAGCCUGACGCUCCGAGAUAUAUCCGUUUCACCGAGGUGACUGAGGACAGUGCUGUGAUGAUGUGGUCCGCCCCUCGUGCUAAAAUCACCGGCUACCGUCUCUUCCUCACUGUGGAGGGCUCCAACCCCAAGCAGCUGCGCCUGCCCGCCCGUCUCUCUCAGUACACCCUCCUGAGCCUGAGGCCUGCUACCCAGUACACUGCUACGCUACAUUCAGAGCAGGAGAACACGCUGAGUAGAGGAGAGAGCGCUGUGUUUACCACCAAACUGCCUGGUACGAAGUACAUUUGGAACGACUUUGAGGUUACAGAUAAAGCACCUGAUGCUCCUGCUGAUUAUGAAGUGGGUGUGGUGGGAGAAACGUCCAUCAAGAUCAGCUGGCAAAAACCAGUGGCUCCAAUCACUGGCUAUCGUGUGGUCUACACGCCUUCACUAGAAGGUGAAAGGUCGGUGGUGACUCUCCCUGACUCUGCAACAUCUGUGACGCUGAGUGACCUCCUACCUGGGAAGCUGUACAACAUCAGUAUCUACUCUGUGGAGGACAGCCUGGAGAGCAAGCCUCUCUUUGUACAGGUCAACACCGCUGGAAAUCCACUGCCUGAGCCUGACGCUCCGAGAUAUAUCCGUUUCACCGAGGUGACUGAGGACAGUGCUGUGAUGAUGUGGUCCGCCCCUCAUGCUAAAAUCACCGGCUACCGUCUCUUCCUCACUGUGGAGGGCUCCAACCCCAAGCAGCUGCGCCUGCCCGCCCGCCUCUCUCAGUACACCCUCCUGAGCCUGAGGCCUGCUACCCAGUACACUGCUACGCUACAUUCAGAGCAGGAGAACACACUGAGUAGAGGAGAGAGUGCUGUGUUUACCACCAAACUGCCUGGUACGAAGUACACUGGGAACGACUUUGAGGCUACAGAUAAAGCACCUGAUGCUCCUGCUGAUUUGGAAGUGGAUGAGGUGAAAGAAACUUCCAUCAUGAUCAGCUGGGAAAAACCACUGGCUCCAAUCACUGGCUAUCGUGUGGUCUACACGCCUUCACUAGAAGGUGAAAGCUCGGAGGUGACUCUCCCUGACACGGCAACAUCUGUGACACUGAGUGACCUCCUACCUGGGAAGAUGUACAACAUCAGUAUCUACUCUGUGGAGGACAGCCUGGAGAGCAAGCCUCUCUUUGUACAGGUCAACACCGCUGGAAAUCCACUGCCUGAGCCUGACGCUCCGAGAUAUAUCCGUUUCACCGAGGUGACUGAGGACAGUGCUGUGAUGAUGUGGUCCGCCCCUCAUGCUAAAAUCACCGGCUACCGUCUCUUCCUCACUGUGGAGGGCUCCAACCCCAAGAAGCUGCGCCUGCCCGCCCGCCUCUCUCAGUACACCCUCCUGAGCCUGAGGCCUGCUACCCAGUACACUGCUACGCUACAUUCAGAGCAGGAGAACACGCUGAGUAGAGGAGAGAGCGCUGUGUUUACCACCAAACUGCCUGGUACGAAGUACACUGGGAACGACUUUGAGGUUACAGAUAAAGCACCUGAUGCUCCUGUUGAUUUGGAAGUGGAUGAGGUGGAAGAAACUUCCAUCAUGAUCAGCUGGGAAAAACCACUGGCUCCAAUCACUGGCUAUCGUGUGGUCUACAGGCCUUCACUAGAAGGUGAAAGCUCGGAGGUGACUCUCCCUGACUCUGCAACAUCUGUGACGCUGAGUGACCUCCUACCUGGGAAGCUGUACAACAUCAGUAUCUACUCUGUGGAGGACAGCCUGGAGAGCAAGCCUCUCUUUGUACAGGUCAACACCGCUGGAAAUCCACUGCCUGAGCCUGACGCUCCGAGAUAUAUCCGUUUCACCGAGGUGACUGAGGACAGUGCUGUGAUGAUGUGGUCCGCCCCUCAUGCUAAAAUCACCGGCUACCGUCUCUUCCUCACUGUGGAGGGCUCCAACCCCAAGAAGCUGCGCCUGCCCGCCCGUCUCUCUCAGUACACCCUCCUGAGCCUGAGGCCUGCUACCCAGUACACUGCUACGCUACAUUCAGAGCAGGAGAACACGCUGAGUAGAGGAGAGAGCGCUGUGUUUACCACCAAACUGCCUGGUACGAAGUACACUGGGAACGACUUUGAGGUUACAGAUAAAGCACCUGAUGCUCCUGUUGAUUUGGAAGUGGAUGAGGUGAAAGAAACUUCCAUCAUGAUCAGCUGGGAAAAACCACUGGCUCCAAUCACUGGCUAUCGUGUGGUCUACAGGCCUUCACUAGAAGGUGAAAGCUCGGAGGUGACUCUCCCUGACACUGCAACAUCUGUGACGCUGAGUGACCUCCUACCUGGGAAGCUGUACAACAUCAGUAUCUACUCUGUGGAGGACAGCCUGGAGAGCAAGCCUCUCUUUGUACAGGUCAACACCGCUGGAAAUCCACUGCCUGAGCCUGACGCUCCGAGAUAUAUCCGUUUCACCGAGGUGACUGAGGACAGUGCUGUGAUGAUGUGGUCCGCCCCUCAUGCUAAAAUCACCGGCUACCGUCUCUUCCUCACUGUGGAGGGCUCCAACCCCAAGCAGCUGCGCCUGCCCGCCCGCCUCUCUCAGUACACCCUCCUGAACCUGAGGCCUGCUACCCAGUACACUGCUACGCUACAUUCAGAGCAGGAGAACACGCUGAGUAGAGGAGAGAGCGCUGUGUUUACCACCAAUUCUUCAAUGGGCAGCGCUCCUAAAUUCAGCACUGAUGUGACUGACACCUCCAUUGUAAUCUCCUGGACUCCAGUUCCCCGUGUUGGAUACAAGCUGACAGUGCGUCCCAGUCAGGGUGGAGAAGCCCCCAGAGAUGUGACCUCUGACUCAGGAAGUAUUUACGUUUCGGGUCUGACUCCAGGGGUGGAGUACACCUACAGCGUCCAGCCAGUUAUUAACGGACGUGAGCAGGGAACCGCGAUCACUCGCCGCGUUGUAACACCUCUGUCUCCUCCUACUGAUCUGAACCUGAAGUCCAACCCAGGCACCGGAGAGCUCACAGUCCAAUGGACCGGGGCCAGUACACCAGACAUCACGGGCUACAGAGUGAUGUGCACUCCCACCAAUGGGCAGCAGGGAGACAGCAUGGAGGAGUUUGUGAAGGCAGGUCAGAACUCCUGCACCCUGGAGAACCUCAGUCCAGGAGUGGAAUACAACAUUAGCGUUGUCACUGUGAAGGACGAUAUGGAGAGCAUUCCCAUUUCAACUACCAUUACACCAGAAGUCCCACAGCUGACAGACCUCACAUUUAAGGACGUGAGCGACACCACCAUCAGCCUCCUCUGGUCGCCGCUCAACACCACAGCCAUCACCGGUUACAAGAUCGUGGUGGUAGCGGCCGGCGAGAGCGUGCCCAUCUUCGAAGACUUUGUUCUGCCAACGACUGGUCAAUAUACUGUCUACGGACUGGAGCCUGGCAUCGACUAUGACAUCAGCGUGAUCACUGUGACGGAGAACGGCGAGAGCGAACCCAUCGUCAUCACUCAGCACACCGCUAUACCAGCACCCACUAGCUUGGGCUUUGGCCAGGUUGGGCCAGACAGCAUUGAAGUCAACUGGGUCGCUCCCUAUUUUCCCAACUCUGCUGAAAUGAACAACUUCCUCAUCAGGUAUCAUCCCAUUGACGAUGAAGAUGACAUCACAGAGACCAGCGCAGAAGGCAACAGGAACAGUGUGGUGCUAAGGAACUUGCUGCCAAACACAGAGUAUCUGGUGAGCGUGGUGUGUGUGUACGAGGAGAGAGAGAGCUCGCCCCUCGUCGGAACCAAGAAAACAGUUCUGGAUUCACCGGUCGGCCUGCGCUUCACUGAGGUCUUCACCAACUCCUUCACCAUCAACUGGCUCGCUCCCCAGAGCAAAAUCACCGGGUACCGUAUCCGCCACCUGAUGGUCAGCGGAGGGAGGACCAAGGACGAGAGGCUGCCCCCGUCCAGGAACCACUUCACCCUGACGGGACUCACCGCUGACACGGGGUACUUGGUCAACAUCUACGCCGUGAGCGGGUCCCAAGAGAGCCUGCCGCUCACUGGGACACAGAAGACAAUCUCUGAUGCUCCCACAGACCUGGAAGUGCUCGACUCCUCCCCCACCAGCAUCACUGUCCGCUGGGACGCCCCCCCUGUCACCGUGCGCUACUACAGGAUCACUCAUGGAGAGUCUGGAGGUCACAGUAAUCCUAAGGAGUUCACAGUCCCUGGCUCCCAGUCCACCGCCACCAUCAACAACCUGAAGCCCGGUACUGACUACACCAUCACCGUCUACGCUGUGACCGGGAGAGGAGACAGCCCUGCGUCCAGCACUCCAAUCUACGUCAUGCACAAGACAGGUGUCAACUCUCCCUCUGGAAUGGAGGUGAUGAACGUGAAGGACAACAGUAUCACAGUGAGGUGGAGCCCUGCCCAGGGCCCCAUCAAGGGAUACAGGGUGACUGGGGUCCCCAAGAAUGGACAGGGACCGUCUUUCACUGAGGUGGUGGCUCCAGACCAGACAGAGAUUACUUUCUCAGGACUGAUGCCCACAGUAGAGUACGUUUUGAGUGUGUACGCUUUUGGACAAGAUGGAGAGAGCUCUCCAAUGGUGGUGAAUGUUUUAACAAAUGUAGACCACCCUAAGGACCUUACCUUCUCCGACAUCGACUCCACCUCGCUGCGGAUCACCUGGGACAGCCCUGAGGGAAUCGUCACAUCAUACCGGGUCUUCUAUUCCAGUUCAGAGGAGGGAGAGAGAGAGCUGCGCCCUGCCCCCCGUGCAGAUGCCGAAUCUGCAAUCAUCUACGGUCUGUCGCCAGGCACUGAAUACACUGUGAAGGUCAUCGCUGUGCACGAUGACACAAACAGCACACCACUGGUCGGCAUACAAGCUACAGCCAUCUCACCCCCCACCAACCUCCAGUUCUCUUCCAUUAGCCCCACCUCCUUCACUAUGACCUGGUCCCUGCCUCGUCAGGAAAACAGACUCACUGGCCUGACAGGCCUCACGGGCUACCGGGUGGUGGUGAACCCAAAGAGCAAGAGCGGCCCCACCAAGGAGCUGAACCUGGCCCCGGACGCCACUCAGGCACACAUCUCUGGACUCAUGGUUGCAACUGCCUAUGAAGUCCAUGUUUACUCCUUGAAAAACUCUCUGACCAGCCGGCCAGUCCAGGGAGAGGUCACUACUCGAGAGAAUAUCAGCCCCCCUCGUCGUGUGCGCAUCUCGGACGUCAUCGACUCUUCCAUCACGCUGACCUGGCGCGCCAAGACAGAAACCAUCUCUGGCUUCCUGGUUGAGACCACUCCCAUCUCCUCUGCUUCAGGCUACACACCCAUUACAAGGACCAUUGGCCCCGAGUCACGCUCAUAUGUUAUCACAGGUCUGGAGCCAGGCACCGAUUACAAGAUUAACAUCUAUACACUGAAAGGGAGCGGACGCAGCACUCCUUUCACACUCACUGCCACCACAGCCAAACCAGUGGUCAUCCCGCCCACCAGCAUCCGCUUCACCUCCCUGAACCCCACCAGCAUCUCCUUCAGCUGGCAGCCAUCACGCAGUCCAGGGGUAACCGGAUAUUACGUGACCUAUGAGGAGGCCGGGGGUCUGCCUCGAGAGAUUACCCCCAGACCUCACGCAGGCCAGAGAUACGCCAUCAUCAAUGGUCUGAAACCAGGAACAGAGUAUGUCAUUAAGAUUGUGGCUCUGCAGAAUGCUCUGAGAAGCACAUCUCUUGUGGGAAAAGCCAGAACACAGCCAGCUCCAGAUCACCAUCUACUGGUCGUCCCUGAGCUGCCCCUGCUGCCUGUCCCUCACAGACCCACCGCUGACAUCCUGGAUGUUCCAGAGUCCUUCAACGACAAGAUCUUUGACACCAACCAGGUUCACUUCGCUGGUACUAGUGGCCUGAACCAACCAGGCCAGCAGGGCCAGCACAUCUACACUGAGUACCAGAGCCUGGGCCCUAACAACGGUCUCCAUGGCCCCUUCAGCGGCCCCAGAGAAGGCCAGAGACCCACUCUCAGAGAGCCUCUGAUCUACAUUCCUGUAGCAGGCCCCGAUGGAAACAGAGUUCCCUUGGUCAAGGUGAGUGAUGGUCCCCUGCCAGGUCUUGCGUUUGGUUUCCCUGACAAUGAAACAGAGAUACCCCAAGAAGCACAGACUAUCACAACUAUCUCCUGGUCUGGCAUUCCUCACACUUCAGAGUACGAGGUGUCUUGUAAUCCUAUCACACACACGGAGGAAGGAGCAUUCCAGAUGCGUCUUCCUGGCACCUCAAACAGCGCCACUCUGAUUGGAUUGACAUCUGGAGCAUCCUAUAAUGUCCUAGUAGAGGCCAUGAGGGGCGGGGCUAAGGAGAAGGUUUUGGAGGAAGUCGUUACGGUUGGCAAUGCUGUUCCAGGUGACAUCCCCGUCGCCACCAACCGGGACGUGUGUUACGACAUGUUCACACAGACCUACCACGAGGUGGACUCAGAGUGGGAGCGUAUGUCUGAGACAGGCUUCAAGCUGUGGUGCCGCUGCAUUGGGCUGGGCAGCGGCCACUUUAGAUGUGAUUCAUCCAAGUGGUGUCACGACAACAAUAACAACUACCGCAUCGGCGAGAAGUGGGACCGCCAGGCUGAGAAUGGUCACAUGAUGAGCUGCACCUGUCUGGGCAAUGGCAAGGGAGAAUUCAAAUGUGAACCCCAUGAGUCGACAUGUUAUGACGAUGGGAAAAUGUACCAUGUUGGAAACCAGUGGCAGAAGGAAUACCUGAACGCCAUCUGUACCUGCACCUGCUAUGGAGGACAACAGGGCUGGCGCUGUGAGAACUGCAGAAGGCCGGGAACACACACUGAUGUGGACGCUGGCCUCCUUCAACCUGUUCAUACGGAUGUUUUCGACCGGUACAGAGAAAACGCUCUACGCAAACUGAACAUCCAUUGUCCGAUUGAAUGUUUGAGGCCAGAGCUGUACGCGGACGCCAACCCCCCCUCAGAUUAGAGAAGAGGCGAGCAUGAAAAAAGGAGGAUGAGGAAGUGAGACCCCUUACAGCAUCACUACCACUUCAAGAAGGAAGCCUGCACCUGUUUUCAUUUGAAGAAAACAUUUCCAUCUGAUCUGUACCUUAAAGGUUUCCCCCGCACCAAAUUUGAGUGCCUUUUUAAAAGACUUUACUACACCACCCUCUGUGCCUUUUCAAAGAUCCGUCCAACUUUUCAUGUUGGUUUUUAACUUCUUCAGCAGAAUCAAGAAUUUCGUUAUCUAAUCAAAUUUCUUCCUCACUUUGCUAGAGCACAAAACCUGCUGCUUUAUCACCCCAAACCUGCUUACCCCAUCCCAAUGAAAUGUUGCUUUUGGAAAAAUGUUCAGUAUUUCAAAACAUUCCAUGACCAUUAGUUUCCCUUUGAUUAAGAGAAAACACAAUGUGCCUGGUUUUAUGGAAUUAGGAUCUCUGGUAAUAACUGUAGCCACAUGUGUUGCUUUUAUGAUGCAUUUGAGACUCACUAUGACUAAUGUAUGUUCAGGAAAUGUUAAGAUAUUAGGUAAAACACAUUUCCAAAUCAGCAGUGUGGGUUUAUUGCAAAGGAUUUCCAAAGCCAUACAUUGAUUCCCAUUGAGUUAUUUUUACAAAACAAGAAAUUCAUAACAACAAGCCUGAGAUAAGCACUGUUACUUUUGAGUUAGUAUUAGAACAAAUCGUUGCAUUGCCAUUAUUACAGCACAGAGAAGUCACACCAUGUAGAUGUGAUUCUGUGAUUCAUGAUGUGGGUGUUUUGAAAGUACAUAAGGUGUAGCACCCAUAAAAGCAAUGAAGCAAAAGCUGACUGACCAAAAGUGAAACUGUAAUUUCAAAAACCAUAUUGUAAAAUUCACCAUUAUUUCCAAGUGAAAUGCAUUUUAAUUACAUAAAUGUUUGUAUUUCUUGUUUAUUUUUAAUUCAUUCUUUUAUUUAUCCCUUUUAUUCAGGCAUUUUGUUCAAUGCUUUUUUAGGGUGUACACUUUAUUUUUGUUUAACUUGUUUUUAUAUUGUUGAUGCCAAAAUCUGAACUACUGUGGACUGAAUAUUUUUAAUAAACUGAAAAAAACCCAA